AUGUACACAGGUCACCAAGCCGCCGCGGCCGGGUUCUCCAAGUCGGCCGCCGCGCCAUCGUGCGCCGCAGCCGGGGGAGCACAGGAGAACCCGGCUGCGGAAUCGGCGCUACCAACACUGACGACACCAUCGACAACCGGAUCGUGCCGCCAGACCGCCGCCGAGGCCGCCCGCAUCCUGACGGUGAAGAUCGAUGCCUUGACGGCGGAGGUGAAUCGGACCCAAAACAUCCUGAUCACCCAUACGAAGUAUAACAAUCAGAAUAUCGAUUGUUGGUUCUGCCGAAAGGCGGAGCAGCUUGCCAACGGGAAUGUAUAA